UGUACAAGUUCUAUGUGAGGAAACAUCAGUUUUCAUCUUUCCCUCAAACCAAGAACAUCAAAAUUUGAGCUCUAUUCCAAGCUUUUCAGGUUCAGCACUUUUUUUCAUAAAAUUUUAAAAACCAUGGGCUGUACACCGGGCGGACCUUGCUGCGGAUCUUGUGGACCGUGUUGCGGACCCUGUUGUGGACCCUGUUGUGGACCUUGCGGGCCCUGCUGUGGCCCCUGUGGACCGCGUUGUGGUCCUUGCGGACCAUGUGGACCUUGCGGACCUUGUGGUCCGUGCUGUGGCCCUAUGGAAAAACGAAAUGGCCUUCAGCGGUGCUGUCCUUUUUAGCUGUGAUUUCCCGAAAAAGCAACCAAACAGUGUCCAAAAAAAGAUUUCAUUAGUCUAUUGUGACAAAUAAAGGGGAACUAUGAAAACUAUCAAA